UUUAACAAAGUAAGAUUUUUGCAAAGACAUUUAACUUUGUUGUUUGAUAUUCUAUUUACCAUCUACCGAAUUAUUGAACAAUUAUUUAAAAAAAUACAUUCGUUUAUAAACAUGUUUGAAGAACUAAUUGUACAAAUUCAACAUCAGUAUGGAAAAUAUUUAAAUUUUGAUAAUGCAUAUAGGGACUCUAAAGAUGGAGUGUUUGGUAUGAAAAAUGGUUUUUAUGAGGAUGAAACAAUUGUACGUUUCAUACCUAAAGGUAAUGGCAGAUAUCAAAUACAGCACCAGUACGGUAAAUAUUUAAAUUUUGAUGAAGCGAAACGAAAUUGUAAAGAACGCGUUUAUGGAAUGAAGAAGGGUUUUUAUGAGGAUGAAACUAUUGUAUAUUUAAUAUCUAAGGGUGAUGGCAAAUAUCAAAUAAAGCAUCAGUAUGGGAAGUAUUUAAAUUUUGAUAAUGCAUAUAGUGACUCCAAAGAGAAAGUAUACGGAAUGCAGGAAGGUUUUUAUGAAGAUGAAACUCUUGUACGUUUUUUACCAAUCAAAUAUAAUUUUUUUAUUAAAAUUGAAGAUUAUCAAUAUGAUACCACAAGGCUACAUGAUGCUGAAUCAAAUCACCAAAUACAAAAUGUCUCUUUGAUUAGUAAGACAUUCAAGAAUGAUUCUAGUUCUUCUCAAAAAUUUAUUAUAAACGAAAGUAAAACUUACAAGAAUUCGACAACUUUUGAACAUUUAACAACUGAUGUUACACGAUGGUUAAAUGAGGUUUCAGUAGGGGUUGAAAUUAAGACAGAAGAUAUAGUUCCUCUAUCAACAACAUCGUUUGGGUAUAAAUACACCUGGGGUACAGAAUCCAUUAAACAUUUUAAUAGGAGCACUACGGAAAGUGUUGAAAAAACUAUAAACGUGACAGAUGAAAUAACUGUUAGACCCAAUUCUAAAAUGAAUUACAAAUAUUACAAAAGUCAUUUAUCUGGAAUUGCAAUUCCAUUCAGAGCAGUCAUGAAAAUUAAAUGUGAAAUGGGCGGAAACUGUGUAUCGAAAGAAGCACUUAAGUUCAUACUGGACCAUAUAGGUGAUUACCCGACCGGAAGAUUUGUAACACAGAAUGGAUGCGGUACUUACGCUACCCAAUUAACUGGCAAGAUAACUCCGGAUAUAGCACUUUGUUUUUCAAGCGAUUGUAAGGAAUUGCCGUUAUAAUGCUUUUUGUUCGAAAGAUUAUGGCAAAAUCCACAUCCACAUUGAAGUUUACUAUGGCGGCCAAGUUUGAUCUAAAACUGUGUAUUCUCGAAAGAUCUUCGUAAGCUGUUGGAGUUUCUAUCAAGCCAAACUGGCUGUCUUAAUGUUAUUACGGAAUGAUCGAGUUCGUUAUCACAUUUCAUUCACGAGAAAUCAUGAACGAAAAAUGCUCCCAAACGAACGAACACACAUGCGCACACACAGACAUCAGUCUAAAAGUAGUGUUAUACAUAAACUCUAAUGUAAAAAAAAAAAAUCACGGAUUUACUAUGGAAAUCCGGAUGGAUGUUUUGGUCUGUGAAAAGAAUCGCUGCAAUUAAAUUUAGUACAUAAAAACAAGCAAUUAUUUUAAUUAUAUAGUAUUUUAUUUAUUGACAAAAUAAUUAAUAUUACAAAAAAAAUUCUUAAAUAAUAUAUGGGCUAUAAAGUAACGACAUUAUUUCAGUACUUUUUACACAAAAUAAAAAUAGAAAAAAUUUCUACGAAAAUUAAAAAAAAUAAUUAGCUAAUUCUAUCGGCUUAGUUCGUUCACGAUCACUAAUUAAUUUUAUACACGAACGA